CAAAAAAGUUGCAUCAUUAAUCACCAGGAGAAAUUUUCAAGGCGAAAAUAAUUUUGUUUAUUAAUUGUUACUUUGAUAAGUAUUUAAUAUUGUUCAUUUAAUUGAAAGUAUUUUUUAAUUCUAAUUCACUGCAACUAUGUCUGUCUCAGAGUUUUUGAAAGGACUUCCGAGCCACGACGAAAAUAAUUUCGCUAAUUUUCAUACAGAUAACGGUAAUAGGACUUGUGUUAAAAGACCUUCUGUUUAUUUACCCACCAAGGAUUAUCCUUCAGAGCAAGUAAUUGUCACAGAAAAAACAACAAUUUUACUCCGUUUCCUUCAUCAACAAUGGGACAAAAAGAACGCUGAGCGAAAACGUGAUGUAUUAUCACCAAAUGGCGGCAGUGAUCAAUCUGAAGAUGUUACAGUCCGUCGCUGUAAGAGACCACGUCUUGAUCUCAACAAUACUCUUUAAUACACGAUUACCUCAUUUACAAAUCAACAAAAUAAUAAUCAAUAAUAAGUAAAUUCAUUUUAUUCACACACGCUACAUUCCAAAUACUGCGGCAUGUUACAUUUAAAUUAACUAUUCAUUUCAUUAUAUUAAAUUUUGCAAAAAAAAAAGAAAAAUAUUUUCAUAAACAUUGAUAUUAAUUCAAUUAUGAUUAAUAAUAAUAUUUAUGCGUACUCUAUUUGUAAUUAUGUGUAAUUGACAUUUGUGUGCAAUGCGUGUGAAAUUUUAAUGUCGCAUUACCAAUAAAUUUAAUUGUAAUUUUAA